AUUGAUUUGCUUGGAAUAAUUGAUUACAUUAAAUACGUUCAAAUUCACAUAUAUUAAUUUAUAGCUCAUGUUUAAAUUGCGAUAAUUGAAAAUGCAUGAAGGUGCAAUUUCAUAGAGCGAAAAACAAACCUCUAAAAUUUUCGGAAAGUAAACGUGCAAAUAUAAUAAAAUUUGUUGAACUCACAUCCGUUAUUAAACGGUACGUUUAAACUAUUUAACAUAUUUGCAUUUCUGUAUUUGCAUUUUAAUUUAAAGAAGGGACACAAUUUUUCCAGACUCAAAAAAUUGGGACAUAAAGUGAAUUAUGGCCUUUCACAGUCGACGAAACUUUAGAGUCCAUAGUGGACACUUAAAAAUCGGACGAAUGGCCUGUUCCUUGUGCAAUAAUUAUGUAAUGGGUAGCUCAUUAUAUGUGAUUGUUCUAGGCCUCAUUGGGACCGUAGUCACGGUUUUUGACAUAAUACGUACAAUAAAUUAUAAAAUUCCUAGAAUGUCAUCUCACCAUAGGAACAAUCAAGAAGUACCCUUUACUGUCGAGAGAGAUUUGAAGUUAAUGACGUCAAUCCUGGGAAUCGAGCAUUAUACUUUAAUUAUGUUAGGCGCGAUCACAGAAUAUCCUAUGCUACAUACACCAUGGUUGCUCAUGCAACUCUGUGUCAUCAUUGUGGAGAUCAUUGUCUUCUUUGUGAGAUUCUUCCUAGAUGGUUUGCACGUCAAACGCAAUGAAAUAUUGCAAGCAAUGUUUACCUUAUACAAUUGGUUACAAGUCUUCUGUCUUUUUCAUCAGCAAACACGGCAAGUCAUUUAGAAAUGUUUCAGAUUUUUAAUAUUACAUUAUACAUUUAUA